CUCGCAAGGGUGGGCCUCUCACACGACAGCGUCUUCAACCAUCACCUCCCAUCAUCCUCGCGCUGACGAGCCGCUAGGACACCGCAGCGCCACAAGUACUGGGGUCAAGCUUUCUCCCCGUCGUUCACCCGUACUCCACCGCCGGGCUGCUGAGCCUGUUGCAAGGCCUCCGUACUUUUUGAGCCUGGACAAAGACUUGGACAAACCUUUACUUCGUAUUACAGGUGGUCUCUUCCUUCAUCUCCUCCGGCUCUUCAUCAUGCUCUGAUCAAUCGCCUACUCGAACCUCACAGAGGCCGGUGUUCCCCUCAUCGAGGAGCGUCCUCGUCGAAGCCUUUCAGGCAUCCAAGACGCAAAACAAUUAGCACCGCCCCUUUCAGCUGUCUGCAGCAGCUCAGCUAGCCCGCAAUGUCUUCUCACUCUGCGCCUGGCACUGGCAACCCUUCCUCUCGGCCAGCUGUGCGGUAUGAAGCCCAAGCAGCUCCUAGUGAAGGGUCUCGCGGUGCAGCCGAGGCCAAGAAGACGGCGUGGGUGGGUGCCUUCGAAAGGGUCUUGGGAGACCACCCAGACGAAUCUGCUCCGGCGGAACGGAGCAAGGUCUCAAAAUCUGCCAACGAAGUGAGAUCGCCCAAUCUUGAGCAGCGUAGCGGUCAGAAUAGCCAACAAAGAGACAGCCUGUCGGCAGGAGACUGGUCUGGCAAUGGCGAACGUGGCAGCAUCGGCAUGGAGGGAGACGGAGCGCCGCCUUCGGCGCCAAAGCCAUCCCCACGAAGACCGACACUGCCUUCUCAGCGGUCGAAGCCGCUUCCCAAAUCAGGCGUAGGCGCUCCGGAGGAGAGCAAGCCUCAAGCCUCCAACUCGAGGGGCUUCGACCUAGCAAGCGCUACCGACUUUGCUUCAGGAGACUACAGUGACGCAAGGCAGCGGGCUCAGCAAUCUCAAAAUUCUUCCUCGGGGCUCAGUCACAAGGCCAGCAAUCGUGCUCUGCGAGCAACAGCCACGUCUCCCUCACCUGCCCCUCCAAAAGCCUCCACACUCAUUAGAAGCUAUGCCCCCGAGCCGGAAGACGAAGACACAGACAAGGGACAACGCACAGCAUUGACUGCUUCUCUACGCCUGGCUAAGCCCAUUGCUGGUACCCCUCUGGUCGAGGUCUUCUCUCGUCACCAGUCCGAUAAGGUCAUCUUUGAGAACCUGUACCUCAACCAUGCCCCUGGCUUGCAGCCUGUGCGAUUGAGGAAUGUCUUGGAGCCGGGUAAAUCGGUCUUGAUACGCUUGCAGAGUGACUUGGGCCACGCUGUGUCGUUCAUGAGAAGGAAACGAACAGGGCCAAAGAAUGAGCUCGAUAAGCUCGUCUGGCCCUCAAAUACCCUGGCUUGGGCCAAGGGUGAUGGUCUAUCGCCAGCCAAGCUGCGCGAACUGCGGACCAUCUCUACGAACCUCGAGGUAGCUGACUCCCUGAUCCUCGAGGGUGGUGCAAGCACAGAAAUUUUCGUCAUCUUCAGACCGAACAUGAUCAGCUCCACGCUGCCGAACCCACUUGCACCUCUUGGCAGCAAAGUUUCAGCUCCUUCAAGGUCCUCGUCCCAAUCUUCGACCGCAACUUCCACUCACAUGGUCACUGCGAUGACCAAGCAGCCUUCUUCAGGUCCGGCGCCCGAUACACACGCUUCGCCCUUCUCAAGUUCACCUGGUCCUCCUGGCGACAAUCUUCCCAGCUCUGAGCCAUCGCCAAUAGAUCGUACUCUGCGGCGGCAAGAUCUGCUCGUUCCAGACAAUGAGCCGACGGAGGUAAAGGGUCAACUGAGCAUACGAGCUUGGCCGCUGCCGGCGUUGCAGCAGCCUCUCAACUCUGUCCCUCACAGCGCUUCAAAUGUCGGUGCCGACGAGGCGUCUGCAACCAGCAGUGAGUCCUCUGCAGCAUCCUCGAGGCCGCCCUCAAACCACGGAUCUCUACUCAGCUCUAGCGGCGGGCCAUCCCCCUCGACGGCUGUCACAGAAGUGUCCGAUGUUGAGCCGCAAGCUUUCCGGCUGGAGCUCAGCGCACGCUUCUGCCGCCCUCAGAUCGCGCUGAUCAUUCGUCAGCCGGGUGGAAGCCUUGUCGAUCUCGAGUCGGGCGUACAGAACAUCCCUACGCAUCGCUCAGGAGUCGUCAUCGUCGAUUUCGGAGACGUCAUUGCUGGUACAACGGUCGCUACAGAUCUCCAUGUCCUUAAUCAGUCGGCCAUUGACUGCUUCUGGCAGGGUAGAGUAGACUGUGGUGAUGACCCAGACGUCUCGCCUGCUGUGUCUCUCACUCAGACUGACUCGUCUGAAGCGGUCAAGCUAGUGUCGGCAUGUUCUGAUGAGGUUCCAUACCAGCCCAAUAUCUUGCUCCCGCGUACCAGCGCCAAGCUCCAGCUCCACCUCCGUCCGGAGCAGGCUGGACAAGACAUGGAAGAGCUGAUCGUCUUCACGAAUUUGCACAAUACCUCGAAUUCGAUACGCCUACUCAUCAGGGCGAACGUCCUCUCGGCCGGGCGAGAUACCUCGCUGGUUGUUGAUUCUGGAGAGACUCUUGAUUUCGGCGACUGCUGUGGCGGUCAAUGGGCUCGCCAGCUACUGGUACUGCGCAAUACGACCAACCAUUCGUUGGAUGUAGCGUUGAGUGCUCAAAAAGGUCACGAAGUACGCUUUCAACAGGCGGGUGUUGCAGCAGACACAGAUUACGAGCAUGAGGGGGAGGAGAUAACGGUUGGAGCUACAGCGGCGUCAAGCGACGGCUCCAAAUCGGAAGCUAGUGUGUCUAGCAGCGUUCCCAGGUCAGAUUCGUUGACUUCAGCCGCUCCAGUCUCGGACACCCUGGGUGUAGAAGGAUCCCACAGGAGUCUGGCCAUGGAGCUCAUUCGCACUCCCACUCACAAUGCUUCGACAGCUCCUGGCAUCGAGCCGCCAUCAUUCGAUCUUUCGGAGGGUGGGAGCAUCGACGUUGAAAAGACUCCGAUGACGUUGACGCCCCAAGCUCGCCCGCCGCCCACCAACCUGCACGAUGACAACGACGACUUCGAUAGCUCGUCCGUUCAGUCUCAAGCUGGUUCUCGGCCGGGAUCGCCGGUGCCUCAAUCUGAGAUGUCUGAGAUGGAUAUACACUCAUGCGGCAGUCUGUCACUUACCUCUGCGCCUGCGAGCAGUGCCGGUGGUCCGACAAAGAAGAAGCCAGGUCCUAAGGCUAGCGUGCUCGCCUGGCGAGAAGCCAGUAAGAUGAGUGAUGCUGGCAGCAUCGGAAGCUCUGCGGGAGACGAGCCUGCACACGAAAAUGGUACCCGUUCGGUCUCUGCUGGAUGGUCAUCUACAGCUUCCUCGAAGUGGAAAAGGGUAAACAGCUCAGGGGCACCUGAAGAGGAUGAAGUUGCAAGCUUUACCUCGGAGAGUACGAGCUUUUCACAAGAAAGCCGCUCUGUUGGGGCGCCCACGUCGUCACAGGCGCAGUCUGUGACAAGUGUGGCCAAAAUGCACUCUCGCGGUAGUCAGUUUCCCUCUUCCUCUGCUUUGCGCUCUGUACAACAAACUGAACAGAAAGAAUUAGAGGACCUGACCAUGCGGCCCGGUGAGGAAGUAAGAAUCAUCGUCUCCUACAGCCCUGUACGAGGCGAGCUGGACGAGACGUACUCCGCGGGUCGACUGCUGGAGCACACUUUCCGGCUCAAUUUGGAUUAUGCCAAAGCCCGAGGUGGAUCGGCCAUUGCUGGAGGUGGAUCACGCCUGAGGGGAGGGAAAGAGCGCAGAACGGUCUUGUGCCGGAAUCGAACAUGCACCUCUUUCAUCGGCGUCUGGCCAAAAGAGCUUGAUCUCGGCGAAACCAACGUCGGGUCGAGGAAGUCAAGUCAGAUUAUCGUCACCAACUACUCUGAGCUCAGCGCUCGAGUCGACCUACGCUUCGUCUCGAAAGUGCUGAGUAUGUACCGAGACGAAAUGACGAUACCCGCCCAUCAAAGUAUCCAUCUCAGUCUCGAUCAUUCCCCUCGCCGGGUGAAUGCGGCCUACUCCAAGCAGAUCACCGUGGCCAAUCUGCUCAAUAGACGCAACGACCAGAUCUUUGAAGUGCGCAGCAAAAACGUCGACAAGCAAAGGAUUAGCUUCCAUUCGCUGCUCUACCGCAUUCUGACGCCCAAUGGCUCGAAUUUCCUCGAGUUCGGAGACGUCAACAUCAAUUCGUCUCGUAUCCGCGCAUUUUCUAUUGAAAAUGUGACGAAUGCAAACCUGACACUCGACAUCAGCACGGCUCAUCCAGAGGACAUCGGCCUGUAUGUAAAGGCUAUGCCAGACGAAACUGCCAACUCUAAUCUCAGCGCCCCGUCAGCAGCGUCCGAGGCUGUUGGAGGCACGAAAACCGUCCACGCAAAGGGCAAAGGCUACGAGGACCAUGAGCCAAGUGGUAGCGUCAUGGCUCGAGCUUUGCCGGCAAUGUUGGCUGCGGCCAAGGAGGGCAAGGAUGGUCAGCCAGCCAACAAGGCAGCCAAGGGUGCGGAGCUAAAAGAGCGAUUUCUGGAGACGAUCUCCUCCGACACACCCGCACACAUCCGUCAAGAGAACACUUCGUGGCGAACUGCACAAAAGCUUAGCCAUUAUCGAAAGGAUGUUUCAUCCCCUUCUGUUGCGCUGGGCGAGCUGCGAGAAGGCGGUCAGAUCAGUGGAGGCGGCAAUGGCACAGGGACGGGCGCACAGAGCAAGAAAGGAGGACAAGUGAACCUUGUCACUGUUCUCAAGAAGGGGGGCAAAGGUCGCACGACCAUCCCUUUUGGCUGCGGCGUUGCCUUCAAAGAUCGGACAUUGAUCCAAGAGUUUGAACCUUUGGAUCUCGCCACCGGUCCACCUCUGGUCGCCAAGCGAAUCUCGACGAAGAGCCGUUGCUUCCAACUCCUUGAGCAGCUUGAGACGACAAAGCGAUCCGCCAAAAGUGCGAAGGCUGCAGAUGACCAGACCUUGUCAGCACCAACAGCAGAGCUUGGUGAUGAUACUGCAGAGGCUACUCCAAGUCACACCAAUUCAGCGGUUGCAACGCCUGUUGCAAAGCGACUGCCUAAUGCCCUUGCAAAUGACAUCAAGAGCAAAGCUGGCACACCUUCACGCCCGGUCGCAGGUCUCCACUCCGAUGACACCGUCAGAGAAAGUCAGCAGCGUUCACCGGCUCUCACUGCCAAGAGAAAAAUCAAGCAGACAGCUCUCGACCCCACCGACGUCUCGAAUUUGUCGCUCGAUGAGCUUCUGGCGGCUCUCGAGUCCCAGCCAAACGCCUUGAGCACUUUGUUCUUCAAUAGCGCCCAGGCUGAGGAGAAACACGUGCGCACCGAGAUCAACUUGCAGAGAGAGCUGAGGCGAGCGAUCGAGACUAGGCGACUGGUCCCCCUCAGCAUGCUUCGGGUUCCUCCGGGCGAGGAGCGUCAGGUCGUUGCAGUCUUCAGCCCGAACGGCAGCACCCGCCCUCACAUUCUUGGCACUGCACGGAAGCAAGAUUCUCGCAUCUUCUUACGUCUGAUGGACUACGAUGUUGAGGCGGUCAAAGCAUCUAUCGAGUUUUCUGCCAUGGCAACUCUAGAGAGGGACGAGCUUCCAAUUCGUGACCUGAUGGUACGUACUACAGUCUGCCGUGCACUGCUCGAGCUCGGUCAGCCUCACAUCAACUUCGGACAGAUGGAAAAGGGUGAGACGAAGACGAAGAAGAUCUUGAUUCAUAAUCGAUCCGAAUGGUCGGCACGGUACUGCAUCCGCAAGAGCGGAAGCAUUGCCAGUGGGGACAUAAAGCUGAGCUCUGGCAGAUAUGGUGUGGUCUCAGCACAUGGCAAGCGCGAAGUCGAGUUCAUCUUCUCUCCUUCGCUUACAGGGGCGUAUCAAGAGAAGCUGAUCAUCGAGAAUGUAGCCGAUCGAGAUCGAGACUUGACGGUGUUCCUCAAAGCCACUGUGAGGAAGAAGCCGAACUUUGCUGUAGAGCCCGCUGCCAUCGACUUUGGUGAAUGCCGCCCGGGCAAGCUCACCGAGGCGCAAUCGUUCAGCAUCUCCAACACGACGAGCAAGGCAAGGACCUUUGUUGUUGCCAUUGACUCGAGCGAUCUGCGACACCAGCGCACAAUCAUGGAUCUGGUCUUCUCCACGUCCGACGAAGACCAAACUCGUACAACGCUGACGAAGGCAGAGGAGACUUCGAUUGCAGAAGAAGUAGAGCACAUCUCUCAGAAGCUCAAGAUUGCCAAUCGCAAAGGCCAAGAAGACAAGAUCAAGAAGUACGAAGGGAGACUGGCCGAGCUGAAUGUCAAGACGGGCGGAGGAGCAGCACCGCCUACUCCGCUGAGUGCAGGUUCCUCGAGGCCUGCCUCGCCGCCUGCCCAGGCCUCACAGCCCUCUACUGAUGAGCAAGAGGCGGAAGGUGCACUUUCAACAGAAGUCACUGCCAAGUCCACCCCCGCGGAGGAUCUCUCUGCACGCGCUACCCUUGUCUCGCCUCCAGCUUCAGCUCGGCUGAAGCGAGUGUCGUCGACUGUGACGAUCAGUCUGGGUCCCAAUGCCAGUAAGCGCAUCUUUGUGCGUGUGCGGACCAGCGCAGUCCAUACUGCCCUCACGGCACAAGACGAGGAGCACGCGGCCUCUGUGCAAGAGAAAGGGGGGCAGGACGUUUCCCUGGAUGUGCUGGUGCACGAGGUCAAGAACCAAGACGAGACGCGGAUCGUUGCGGUUCGGGCCAGAGCCCUCUGGAGUAGUGGAUCCAGUGGCGCUGCUGCCGGUGGUGUCAGUGAAAGCUCCACUACCAAUGAAGAGAAGGCGGAGGAGGGGCCUCAGGAGGGAGAUAGAGAGGAAGAGAAUGUGGCGGACCCGCUGCCCGUGCACGACUCUUCGGCCGUCAUCUUUACUUCGGAUUCCCAGUUGUGAGAAUGAGGAGGAGCAGCAGACAUCGACCGCCCAGGUGACUCCAGAACGAUAUUACUACCCGGAUUGGACACGACCUGCAAGCGAUUGCUUGCCGUGUCCACGUCUACCACCACUUUCUCCUUCUCCUUAUGUCUUACGCCCGCACCAUUUUUAUGUUUUCCUUUUGCAGUCGUAGAAUCGAUAAAGUCGUAGAAUUCAGGCAGGUGUCGAUGCUC